AUGCCGAGUCAAGCCGGCGACGCUUUAUCCUUCAAUCGCAAUCAGGAAGAGUUCAAACCACCUACGCUGAUUCCAGCAAAAGAACUGGUGGCGAAACUUGCUGAGAAAGCUCGUCACAUGAGACGGGGAGAAGAAGAGGCUGAUAAGCAUCCCGAUGAUCGAGAGAAUAACGAUCGCUACGUAAAUGAGGUGCCAAAUGCAGAUGAGAAAGAUUACAAAGAACAUGGUGGAUAG